UGCAUGCACACAACAUCUUGCUCAGGUCAAAGCGAAAGCAGCUUUGAAAGGUGUGGACUGUGCUUCGUCCGAUCUUUCCUUCACUUCACCACUCAGAAGCUCCAGUCCGCUCCCUUUGGCUUGCAAUACCUUCUCAUCCUUCCGCAAGCUCCGACUGUCGACUGUUCACGCAACACACUUGCAAGCUCGAAAGGCUCCGUGGCAGCACUCAGUUGUGGCGGACUUGCAAAUUUCAGCAUUGCCACGAUCUCCCCUCUUGACCUCACUCGAGCCGCAAAGGUGCAAGUAGCUGUCGUCACUCAAUCCAUUCAACGAUCCAGUAGGGCCAACCAUCAGGCAAGCGCCCAUCUCAAAGCCACAAUGCAGUCUUUUCAUCCUCUUAGUCAAUCCAGCGAAACAGGCACAGCAGACGCUUCCACCUCUCGGAAUGUUCACGACCAAAGCUACGAUCACAAUACCUUCGGCGCUCCCUCAUCGCAAAGCCAAGUAGAGCCGGGGCAUGAUUUGAUCUUUGAGGAAUCCUUGCAUCGCAGAGAUGGACCGGCAAAUGACCCGCAGACUAGCAGAGCGAACAGGGACGCGUUCAGGUCCGACAAUCCUUUCUUGUCGCCCGGCAGAGGGAACAGAAGGGCCAGAGCGGAUGGGCGCGAAAUGUCCGGAGGUGCUGGAACUGCUAGAGCGGAUGCGGACCUGGAUGAUGAAUGGAUGGGAGAGGAAAACGGCGAGGAAGAGGAAGGAGAAGAUCUGGACUGGGAUGGAGCGGUGGAUGAGCAAGGCGGUGGGGCGGGUAGAAGGAGGAGAAAGUCGCCCAUCGAGAAGCUGCAGGAUGAUUGGGUCGCACAGAGAGGUUCUCCAGAGGUUUUGAAGUGGAGCGGCGAUACGGUGGAUAGCGUCUGUGCUAUGAUCGAAGGGCAAGAAGCCAUUCUGGAGUCGUUGUCAGGCGACACCUCGACAUCGGAGGAGGAGCACAUUCGUCUGGGUAUCGUCGCUCUGGACAUCGAACGGGCCAGAUGGUUGCUGAGAGCUUACUUGCGAUGUCGGAUAGCCAAGAUCGAACAUCUCGCAGCGUACCUGGUGCAGAAGAAUAGCGCCUCGGCGCACGCCAUGUCCCAACUCUCUCCGCUCGAGCAGAAUUACGCCCAGGCUUUUCAUCAGCUUCGCUCGUCGCACUUUCAGACGACCGUGCUAGACGCUUUGCCGCUCCACAUGCGCAGCCUGGAAGAUACGGGUGCGGGAACGGGAGCGGGAAAUACGGACGGCAGAUCCGGCAUGGUGGAUGUUCCGGAUCCCGAUGCUCCGGUCUUUGUCAGGUGUCUCAAGGACUGUGGAAUGCUCAAGAUAUUGGAUGACGAAUCUACCAAUAUGACAAAAGGAUCGAUUCACCUCUUUAGAUGGAGAGCAGUCAGACACCUCGUCUUGUCGGGCAAAGUCAGGAUAUUGUAGCAUUCGAAAUGCAAGCAUUCUCGUUGCAUCUCAAUGUUUGGG